AUGCUGGAAAAGCACCGACAGAAAGUGACAGUCGUCCCAAAUGGACUGCAGGCUGUAGAAAAGGUCAAGCGCUACCAAUACGAUGUUAUCCUCAUGGACGUCCAGAUGCCAGUGAUGGGUGGCUUCGAGGCAGCGAGCAAAAUCAGACAGUAUGAAAAAGUCAACAGCUUGCCGCGCACACCUAUCGUAGCUCUCACUGCACACGCGAUGCUUGGAGAUCGGGAUAGAUGCAUCGCAGCCUGCAUGGAUGAUUAUUUGUCGAAGCCCCUAGAUUCAAACAAAAUGAUGCGGACGAUCGAGAAGUGUUCUGCUAUAAACAUUUCGUCCUUGUCGACCGGUUCGUCGUAG